AUGGCUGUUGCAUUAGUAGCCUUCCUCCACCCGUGGAGCGAGAGCAAGAGCGACAGGAUCAAGUCCUUGAUCAAGGAAACUCUCCCAGAAGACGGAUCACCAGCUGGCCUAGCCACCACGCGUAUAUACGCCACGCCAUCAACACGGCCAAAGGCACCAGCUCAACAGCUUACCAGCACAAAGCCCGCCGGAACACCACCUCUUCUCAUAGCCGAAGUGAAUGUCUACAGCUCUCGUCGCGCCCUCGACGAGUACCUCGCCCAAGGCUCUCUGAAAGCAUUCCAGAAGAGCGUCGCCGAUGAGAGUUUGUAUGCGCAUCCCGGGGAGAUGAAGCUUUGGUCGGUAGUCGGUGGCUUCGUGAAUCGCGAGCAGCGAGAAAGGGAUGUUGCUGGUGGCAAGACGGUUAUGUUGGCUAGGUUCGAGUGCAAAGACUCGGGAGCAGGCAAGGGAAAGGUCAUUGAGGCAUUGUCAAAAUUUGCAGCGUGGGUCGAGCAAAACGAGCCGGACACUCUUACCUACGCGGUUAUCGCGCGUCCCAGUGGAAAGGCAGACAGCAACCAUGUUAUGAUGUUCGAGCGGUAUAGCGGUCCAGAGGCUAUCGCCGUUCAUGCUCGUGGGAAGGAAUUCAAGGCCAUGUUCAAGCAGAUUGUCGCGUACAUCGACCCAAAGCAGACCAAGAUUGCUGAGUUUAUCGAGGGGCCGGGGUCGUUUGCUGGCAAGACCGACACAGAUGCUAGCGGCUCAGCACUCAGUUCGAAGCUGUAG